CCCUCCCUCGCCAUCGAUAAAAAACAAACACACCUCGAUCGAUGUGGUACUAAAUUAUUUUGGUGAAUAAUAAACGAAGUUGUCACUGAUUUCGCUCGAUAUCUGAUCUCUUGGAUUGAUUGUCAACAGUUUUCCUACAAUUCUAGCCUUGAUUAUCCUCACUGAGUGCUUUGGUGUUUUUUUGUUAAUCGAAUUGCCAGAAUUGUAUCCCGAGGGAAACAAUUGUCACUCUAAUUAAUAGAGAGGACAUACCAAUGAACGUACAUAGGCCAUAAAUCCGAUAGCUCCUUGUAGAAGAUAAUCCUUGUCGCCAUUAGUCCAGGAUGCUAUUUGUCUAUUUAGAAUCUGCGUGAUCCUCUCCCUCUAUUCUCAGAAUCUCCGGGUCGCCAUACCAGACAGUCCUAGCAGCUUUUUAGUACUAUUACUAAAUACUUAUUACGUACUAUUAGUACUCACCGUUGAUGGCAUGAGUGUUCUUAGUUUGGCUUUUGUACGCGUCCCAGCGAUAACAUUUACGUUUACACGUUAGAAACGUUACGAGGGCCGAUUAUUGUUGAUGAUUUGUAAUAUCAUCUGAUACAGUAAACGCGCUGUCAAUAAUAAUAAUUACUGUAAGGGAGAAGAAAGGGAAAAGAAAUAAGAAAUGAAACUGAUAGUAGCCAGCGACUCGUGAAACUUCUUAAGGAAAGACUAUAUUAUACAUAAUAAAGGCACCGCAGCAGCAUACGGAAACUUUAAUGCGUUUCCAAUAUUUUCUGUAUUAUUAGAACAGUAUAGCCUGCAGUGUUUUUCUCAACAAAAAAAUUAUAUAAUAAAAUGUAGUGAAGAUUUCGUAUACGCACUUCAUAAUGUAUUGAGAAGUAUAAUAUAAUAAGUUUCACUAAAAGUGGAGUUUACCGCAUUAUUAGGUGACUCUCUAUGAGUAUAUUGUGAAAUGUAGAAAAUAAUGUAAUGUGUAGCCAAUUUCACGAAGUACCCCGAGAAAUUGUCAACUAUGUUAAUUUUUUCAAAGACUUGAACGUCCACUUUCGGUCUUUCAUUUCGAUACGUAAUAAGAUCGCCUAACGACCAGUGUAUUUUUGAAAAGUCCCCCACAUAAAAGUCUCGUCGAAGUAUCUAUCUGCAAUAUUCUAGCACUUUUAAUGAGAUUCAUUUCGCCUAUUUAUGCCGAUUAAUAUAUUUUAUUUGCGAAUAUGUACAAUACAAACAUUUGCCAAUACAAAUUCUUCGAUCAUUUUCUUGACGGACUACGGCCUGUUUUCUUCAACGCGGUUCAAUGCGUAAACUCCGUUUAUCUUCAAAUUUCAAGUGUCUAAUUGGCUAAUAGUUCAGUUAAACCGAUUUAUGCAUUAAACCGCGUCGAAGAAAACGGCCAUACGUAGAGUCCCGAUCAUCGUAUCAGCAUUCAGACAACAAUCCUUUUUGUUAAUUAAAGUAUUGAAAGAAUAAGUAAAGAAAGGUUAAUUACCUUCGUGAUAUAUUGUCAGGAAGGAAUCUGAUAAUUCUACGAAUGAAAAUAUGCUUUUGAAGGCAUGUUACUUUGUCAUGAAUGUUUUGCUGUUUCGCGCGCCACUUAACUACGUCGCAUGGGAACCACUGUAAAUAUUGAAAACCACUGAACACGUGGUACCUGUUGUUAUGAAAGUUUAGCGGUCGGAUAAUUUCAAUUUAAUUCAGUUUAGUUUCUUCAACGAUCUUUGUAAGAGAUGAGCGUUCAGUAUACUUUUAGUAUGAGUUAAUCGUACCAGUUGACCUGUGUGAUCUAUUAUCCUGACAUUUUUUUUAUAACUUUCUGUUCGGAUUUGGGAUUAAGUAGUUAAUAACGUCAUUUGUGUCGGACCUCAAAUUUAUUGGAUUUACCUUUAUAAUUGAAAUUAAAAAAUCAUGAACAACGAAGAAGUUUUGACUCUGCCGGAUACUCAAAAUGCUGAUGGGGUGGUAAUCACACAAGAAGUAUCACAACAGAGGCAGGUCGCUUGGGGUCGAUUAUGGCGCAAUAAGUAUGUUCAGAACAAUGUGGAUUUGAUAAAAGACGAGUAUACUGUGGGACGUUCGGCAAGCUGUGAUAUAUGUCUGAUGAAGCAAAAAUUGAAACUUCAAUUGCUCAACAUUGUCAGCAAAGUACAUUUCAAGAUUAGUAGGACAUAUUUGAGUGACUGCGAGGAAGAUCCAAUUGUGUAUUUGGAAGAUUGUAGUCACAAUGGUACUUAUGUAAACAAGACGUUGGUUGGUUCAGGAAAACGAGUCGUACUUGAGAAUAACGAUGUCAUUUCCAUCUCAAUACCUGGCUUUACUGCAUAUACCUUUAUGACUACAAAGGCACUUGAUGGCAGUGGUUUACCAUCAGUACUGAAACACAAGUAUGCUAUCUCUCGAACAUUGGGAACAGGUGCUUGUGGCACAGUUAAGUUGAUAUUUUCUAAAAUUGGAUGUAAAAAGUAUGCAAUGAAAAUGAUAACCAAAAAAAGUCAAGCAUCAAAUGGAGGCAAACAUCCUUUAAAUGACCCAGAAAAAAUUAUGAAUGAAGUUAGAAUUUUAAAAGCUUUAAAACACCCAUGUAUAAUUCGCAUGGAAGAAAUUGUUGACACUCCGUCCACAGUAUAUAUAAUCCUUGAACUGAUGGAGGGUGGUGAGUUAUUUGAACGAAUUCGCUCAAAACAGAGAUUAUCUGAAAAAUGUGCUAAGUUGAUAUUUUAUCAAGUCAUUCUUGCUGUACACUAUCUUCAUGAAAGUGGCAUAACCCACAGAGACUUGAAGCCAGAAAAUAUAUUAUUGGCAAGCGAUGACGACGUAACACUUGUGAAAGUGUCGGAUUUCGGUUUGUCCAAACUGCUAGACUCUGAAACAAUGAUGAAAACAUUCUGUGGUACCCCUAUGUAUGUUGCUCCUGAAAUCUUAUUGACAGGCGGCAAAGGCGCAUACACUAAGCAGGUGGACGUGUGGAGCUUGGGUGUGAUUUUGUAUUGUUGCCUAAGUGGUCGUGUACCUUUCAACAUGCAUCAUUCAAAGAUAAGUCUACAGGACCAAAUUGUCAGGGGAAUGUAUAAUUUUCCUCCUGUAUUUGAUCACAUCUCAGAAAAUGCCAAGGACUUGAUCCGUAGUAUGCUUACGGUUAACCCAGGAAAACGUAUUACUAUUAGUAAAGUACUGCUGCAUCCUUGGCUUCGUGACCGCGAAAUGCGCGAAACUGUUAAUUCGCUGAUCAGAGAAGCACACGACGAAAAUUCUUCGCCAACCAGUCGAAUCCGUUACGGCCAGUGAAGAAUGUAAUUGUCGUCCAUGAUAAUUAUGAAAAAACCUUCAAGGACUUUCCACUGAAAGUCUGAAAAAUGACUGAUAAUAAAUUCUUAUUAAUUUCAUUACGGUAAUAUGAAUCAUUUCUGUAUUUUCAAAAUAAAUAUAAUUCUUUAUAAUAAUAAUAAUCUUUAAGUACAAAUGGGAUCUAUCUAAAGUACAAUGCAGGACACACUGACGAUGGAUUUACCUCAUCCAACGCUGUUAGAGGGCUCUUUUGAUAUGUAAUAAUUCCUAAUACAUUAUGAUUUGAUAAUAAAUAGUUGUACGUUUGUUAA